GAAAAAAAGUGAAAAAAUUAUUCUACCAAAGAAUUUGUAGUGAAUGGUUUGAUAGCCACAAAAAUUACAUAGAAAAGAAAUUUAUUUUAUUAUCGAUAAUUUAACAACUUUAAGAGGAAGCUUUAACCGCAGAAAAAAAUACAAUCAAGUGAACGGGGUCAACCCUUUGAUGCAAUUUUUCAUUCAAAUUCAUCGUCAAUUUACAUUAUCAUAUCUUUCCAUCUAGCAUGUGAUGAACCUAAAAUAACUUUUGUGUUCACAUAAUAUUUCAACAGAAUCGAUUGAAACAAUUUUUUUUUGUUUAUAAAAUCCAUUUUUUAUUCGACAUACACACAGGAACAUCCAAACACAUAUGUACAUAUUGAUGUCAAGUGCUAUAGACAAAGUGUAGACACAGUGUUAAAACAAGGAGGAGAUAUUGAAGAGACAAAGAUUCUUGCAAUAGUUCAAUUUGUUUUGCUCCUAAAAGUAAAAUAAAAGUAACUGGCAAAGCGAAAACGUAAGGACGAUAAAUAAAAUGAUCCCAAUGGUGCUGUUGACAAUAUUAUUUACAUAGUAAACAACACAAAACUUCGAACGCAAGGUUUAUAUCAACAGGAUAGAGAAAAGAAUAAGCAAAGCAGACAGAAAAUAAAGCGUUUUUCUAUUUUUAAGGAAAAUAACAGCAAACAGGUUAAAAAUGACAUUUCACAAGCGCUUUAUCUAUUCAAUAUAUCUAAUUGGAUUACUGCUGGUGGAAAUUAUUGCCCAGUGUCCCUGGCAUCGCGAUGUGCCAGAUCUACAGACAUCGUGUUUAUGUGCCUAUAAUUUGGGUCAAGAAUUAUCCGUACAAUGUGAUCAAGUUGACUUCCCUGUUUUAGUUGCUGCCUUAGAUAAAUAUGCUAGAACAACACCAUUAGAUUUACUUUAUAUAAAUAAUUCAACAAUAAAAGUUUUAGAAAAUAACAUUUUUGCGCAAUUAAAGUUGCACAAUGUGCAAUUGAGCAGUUGCAAGUUAAAGCAAAUUGAGGAUAAUGCAUUUGCUGGACAGUCAGAUAAUUUAAAGAAUUUAAAUCUUCAAGAUAAUUUACUUGAACAAGUUCCGAUACGUGCAUUAGGAAAUUUAAAGAAAUUAAAUUUACUUGAUCUAUCGAAAAAUAAGAUCAGUUCAAUACCAAAUGAUGCCUUUAAAGGCUUAACAAAUUUAGCAACAUUAAAAUUAAUGGAUAAUAAUGUGACAUUGGAGCGUUAUGCAUUUCGUGGCUUAGAAAAUUGCCUAAAAAAUCUUAAUUUGAAGGGAUCGAAACAAAAGCGAAUACCAGAAAGUGUAAGGGGAUUAAAGACUUUAGCAUUUUUGGAUUUAUCACAAAAUGGCAUACGAGAACUGCCCGGUCUGGGUGGCAUACGAACAUUUGAAGGAUUAGAUUCACUCACUGCACUCAAUUUAGAGAGAAAUUUAAUACAAUCGUUGAGUGAAACAGCUUUAUAUGGAAUACGAAAAACAUUAAGCUCCUUAAGUUUACUUAACAAUCUUCUACCCGAUUUCCCUGUCGGUGCUAUCCAUUCACUCAAAGAAUUACGCGUAUUGGACAUUGGUUUCAAUUUACUUACAUCAUUGCCUGAAACAGCUUUUCGAGGAAAUCCUGCCGUUACCUUAUUAGCACUUGAUGGAAAUCCUCUUAAGACCGUACCAUUUCAAGCAUUCGCUCAUCUCAAUAAGACAUUACGUGGAUUGUCACUCGGUGGACGUUUCUUGCACUGUGAUUGUAAACUUCGAUGGGUAGCUGAAUGGAUACGCAAUGGUGAAUUACAAGUUACAUCACGUGAACGAAAUCCACAAUUUUGCGGCACACCAAAUCGUUUUAGAGAAAGAGGAUUUUAUUCGAUACAGCCAGAGGAAUUAACUUGUGCCGAGAAUGAUGCUGCAAAUGAAGGGCCAGUUGGAGUUAUUGACUCUCUCGUUCCAAAACCGUUUUCAGCAGCACCCACACCAUCGUCGACCACACUUUUCGUAACUCCAUCAACGAUAGCAGUAGCAUCAUCAAAUCAAAAUCAACAAAUAAGUCGAUCAUCCGUAAGGCCAUCGUUUACAACCACAACAACUAUUUCACCAAGUACUUCAUUCUCACAAAAUAUUUCAAGUAGUGUAAGCAUCAUUGAGACUACAACAGCACAAUUAUUUACUUCCGGUGGACUAUCACAAAAUCAAACGAUAACAAACCAUCCACUAAGCAUAACAGCAUCAUCAUUAUCAACAACAAGUGCAGCAGUGUUGACAACAACAAAAGCACCAUCGAAAAAUUCUAAUUCAUGGAGACAAAAUUCAAAUCAACCCUCACAUAAGCAAAGACCACCACUUGUUCUGGGCUAUCCACCACAACGAGGACAGCAAAUUGAUGAUUCAAAAGAGAUUCAAAUCAAAAAUGCUUUUAGUCGACAUGAUAAUUCGGUCAUAAUACAAUGGGAUUCAGAUACAACAAAUAUACUCGGCUUUCGUGUGGUUUAUCGUCUCUUUGGUGAUAAAACCUUUAAGCAAGGACCACCUUUAGAAUCAACAGAACGUGAAUUUAAGAUUAAAAAUGUACCAAAUGCAGAAUGUAUUAUUGUGUGUGUUGUAUCACUUGAGGAUGUAUCCAUUACACCUGAAAAUGUACCGCAUUCACAAUGUCGUGAAGUGCGUACGAUAGCAGCACAAACAUCAAAUAUGGAUAAGAUUACAAUUGCCGCAAGUGCUGCUAUAUGCGGUACAAUCAUUAUUGCUGUUAUCAUCUUUAUUGCUGCCAGUCGACGACGAUCAAAGAAAUUACAGUCAUUACAUUCAUCGUUAAAAAGCCCUCUACCGAUUGCUGGUCUUCCUGUUAAUUGCUGUGCACCAACACCUAGUCCAAAUGGACAUCUCGGAUCAUUGGCAACAUUACAAGUCUAUAAUUCUCAUAAGGAUUGGGAUCAAGUUUCUGCAUAUAGCGGACGCUCAAUACCGAGACCAAGAGUUUUCCAAAUGGACCAGCCAGCAAGUCUUAAUGAUGAUUUACGCAGCCAUAUUUCACACUUUUCGGCGAUUGGAGGUUUAAAGGCAUCUAAACCGAGAUCAAUUGCCGAUGGACAAUCGCAUCACAGCUUUACAAAUCAGUCUCAUCAUCGUGGAUAUCUUAACUCAGCCUUUCCAACCAAUUUAGUCAAUUCAAGACCGGAAUUGAGACAAUCACGUAACUCUUUAGCCGCAGCAUCUGAGAGAAUGUCUCGUGCUUCUUAUGCUGGAUCAAUACACGGAGCACCACAAAGUAUCGCAUCAUCAACUCGUCGCACUCGACCACGCUCACGUUCACGAGAUCACUUAAAUACGGCUCAUUUACACACAAAUCGUCCAGGCAGUCGGGAAAAUCAAAACACACCUAUCGUAGCUAAUGACAAUUUACUAUUCUUUGUAUCAUUGAGUGACACGUCAUCAUCCAUGCCUUUAAAUUUGUUUAACGAAUCAUCAAAUCAGCAUAAUGAUUAUGCUGCUAUUAAUAUUAAUCAACAUAAUGAUGAUAUUCAUAAUUUAAUCUUAAGUAGUCUAAAUAUGAAUAAAAAUAACAAUAAUAAUAAUAAUAAUGUUAAAAUUAAUAGUUAA